AAACGAUCUUACAAAACAGUUUCACUCGAAAAUGUCAAGCUAAGUACGUAGCGAGUUGUACAGACCUACGUCAGCUGAUGUGAACUAUAGACUCGAUAGUAGUAUCAUUAUCAUUAUUAUUGUUGUUAUUGUACAUUUGCUGUAAUCUUUAAAGAAACAUCAUAUAGAAUAAUUUUUUUACGUAUUUUUAUCGAUAAAAAAUGGGUCCCAAAAAGGCAAAAGGGAAAACGAUGGAUAACGUUGAUGGGGUAGAUACAACGAAAAUGAAUAGGGAGCAAUUGGAAAUAUAUGCUCACAAAAUCUUAGAAGAAAUGGAACGUGAGCGGGAGGAAAGAAAUUUUUUUCAAUUAGAGAGAGAUAAAUUGCGAACUUUUUGGGAAAUUACGAGACAUCAGCUGGAUGAAGCACGCGCUAUAGUCAGAAAUAAAGAACGUGAGAAAGAGGAACUAGCAGAGAAGCACGAGGCCGAACUCAAGUUAUACAAGCAGAAAGUAAAACACUUGAUGUACGAGCAUCAGACUAAUUUGUCCGAGAGCAAGGCCGAGCAUCUGGUUGCUCUCAAAUUGGCGCAAGACGAUCACGUUGCGCAAGAAAACGAACUUAUUAAAGACAAAACGGAACUCAAGAAAACGCAAAACGAACAAGAAUUGGCGUACAUGAAUGAAAUACGAGCGUUGAAGUUGCAUCAUUCGGAGGAAAUGAAUAACAUGAUGAACAAAUUCGAGUCCGAAGCGGUAGAAUUGGAGCAAAAGUACGAACAGAAAUUAACCAGUCAAUACGAGUCCUUAACGUUGAAGCAUCGAAUGGAAAUUACAGAAGUGGAGGAAAGAAAAAAUGCGCAAAUUGCGAAUUUGAUAAAAAAUCACGAAAAUGCGUUUGCCGAGAUGAAAAAUUAUUAUAAUGAUAUCACUCUCAAUAAUUUAUCGUUAAUUAAGAGCAUGAAGGAACAAAUGGAAGCGAUGAGAAGUAACGAAGAACGUAUGAAAAAGCAAGUGCGAGAAUUGACAACGGAAAAUAAAAAAUAUUCGACCGAUUUAAAAUCAUUGCAAGAAACAUCUUCUGAACUUAAUCGUCAGCUUGUAAAUUAUGAGAAAGAUAAACAAAUUCUAGCUAAUACGAAACGAAGAUUGUCUACAGUGGCAAAGGACCUGGAAAAUUUAAAAUGGGAAAAUGAAGUGCUUGAACUGCGUUUUGAAAAAUGUCAAUCCGAGAGAGACGAGUUACAUUCUAGAUUUGUCUCGGCUAUUUUCGAACUGCAACAGAAAACGGGUUUAAAAAAUGUUCUCUUGGAGAAAAAAUUGGAAAAAUUAUCGGAGUUACUGGAGCAACGAGAAGCGCAGAUCAGCGAAGCGUUGGCCGCUGCUCAAUUAGAUCCUACGGCGGUGGUCAAUGCGAAUAAAAAAUUAGAAGAUAUGCUUAAUAGAAAAAAUACUGCAAUACAAGAUCUGCAAUAUGAAUUGGCGAAGGUUUGUAAAGCACACGACGAUUUAUUAGCGACUUAUGAGAGUAAAUUGCAAGAAUAUGGGAUUCCCAAAGCUGAACUUGGAUUUCAGCCUUUGAGGAUGAGGAUAGCCGGUGCGAAAUUGGGUCUAGGUCCAACGAGUUUUGUUAAUGCGCAUCAGUAA